AUGUCUAAAGGGUUGUGGGCUGCUAUUGCUCAGACUUUUACCAAGUUGGCUGAGGUGGUUGUAGGAUUGGAGUUGGACUCAUGGGAGUCGAAUUUGGCCCUUGAUGAUACAUUAUCGAUUAGCAAUACUAGGCAAAUGAUUGAUGACCUAACUUCGCAUGUGACCACGGUUUCUACAUGUUGGAAUAAAUACAUCCUGAUAAAGAUAAAUGUUUUCAUGUGGCGGGUUCUUUUGAAUUGCAUUCCAACUAGAAUCAAUUUGAGUAAUCAUGGUAUUGACAUCCCGUGUUUGUUUUGCCCUUUGUGUGACAAUGCGAUGGAGGAUAGCAAUCAUGUUUACCUUUUAUGUGAUAUUGCAGUCCAGGUGUGGAAUGCGAUUGCUAGAUGGGUGGAUUUGACGUUCCGUCAUCUGAUCAAUAUUGUCGAGCUUAUGUCAUGGGUUGACACGGUUCCAUUAUCAAGUAAGAAAAGAAACGUGUUGGAGGUUAUCAUUCUUUCCACUAUAUGGAUCUUGUGGUGGCUCAAAAUUAGUGUAUUGUUCCAAGCUUCGAAUUUUCCUAAAUGUCUCAUUAUGGAUUUGAUUGUUCUCAAUUCUUUUGAGUGA